AUGUCGUCGCUGAGAGGCGGCCAGGUAUAUGCUCGCGCCGAUGACUAUGAUGAGAUCUACAGUCAACCGUCAGCAAAGCCGACCGGUCUGCGUCCUCGCAAGGUGACACCAUUCAGCGACCCUCCUAUCUCUCACGUCCCUAGAUAUCCUGUUCUCGUCAACUCCUAUCACCCUGCUGGCAGGUCGUGCACUGCUGUUGUUGGAUGCGCACAGUCAUCACCUCUGAACCCUGCUUCAUCCGCAGACAAGCCCAGAAAAAGACGCUGGAUCAGCAGUGCCUCAAAACAUUUUGGCUUCACAAAGUCGCGGGAGAAGAUGGAGCCAAAACACGGGACCAAAGAUGCCGCGAAAGCCUUGGUCUCACGCAGAAACAACUCGCCUUCCAAACUUACUGGCCAGUCGCUCCCCUCUUCACAAUCACCCAACCCUGGCGACCGAACCAAGCCUCUACCUCGUCCAAGUCCGUCCGAUAAACCCUUACCGAGUCUUCCAGUAGCAGCAGUCAAGUCUGGCUCCCCUGUCCGCAGAUCUCUUAUUGACUGCACAGAACGGCCCCUGCGCCGAUCUCUAUCGCCUGCCGAAGGUCAAAAUCCCAAGGAGGAUUGGCCAACGAUGGAACCAUCAAAAUCUGGCGCGGUCCCAGUCCGCCACAAAGAGACAGCGUCCUAUUCGAAACCAAGCCUGGGCGAGAGCUUCAUAGAAGGCAUUCGCGGAUUAACCAUUGACGAUCAUGGAGAAGAAGAGCCUCAGCCCCCUGCGAAGGUUCAGUUCUCAACUCCAGAUGUUGCUCGAAAUGCUGGCAAGGCGACGAGCAAAGUCUCUGCCAGCCUUGCCACCCUCGGCGUUCCGGCAAACCCUUCAGAUCGACCACUCUCUUCGAGCCAACUCCCUAAGCCGAGAGACUCCAUGCUUGAGUCACUGGCACGUCAUGUUGACACUCCCACUGUUCGCCAGACCAAGACCUCGGCAAUGCGACUGCGUCGUUCUAUCGGCAAGACUGCGUGGGGAUCUGGUGAAAAGAAACAAGAGAAAGACGGUCGUCUCCAUGCGAUCCGAGAAAAGACACAGUCUCCGUCGGUGGCAAAAGCCAGACAGGUAUCUCCAGGUGGCCCUUUCCGUUCGACCUCGCGUGGUCGUCAUGCCGUCACGGCUCGGGGCUCUCCAUACACAAUUCCGCCUCAUGUCAGUGCGAGGUUGAACAAGGCUCUGCCAAAUAUCGAGGACGAUACAAAAAUUGGUCGGACUACACCCGUCACACCACCUACCAACAUACAACAUUCACGCGGCCGCGUGGACGAGGUCACUCAGACAUCCAUCACCUCCAAACGCACAGCCCGUCAGAGUUCGAUCCCUUUGCCAAGCCGGGGUAACCAGUCAGCACGCAGCUGGAAUAACAACGGCGCAGAUAACGGUAGUCGUGACCCAACGCUGGACGAAGAUACGAGUGCACGAUGGGAAGAUCAUGGUGAAAAUGAGCCAUUGGCGAAUGCCAAUGCUACUAGCACGGCUAGUACGCCCCAGUUGAACGUACUGGACACUCGUGAAGAGGUUGCCGCUCAGGAGGCUAAACUUUUGAGCAUGAAAGAAGUCUUGUCUACACCAGCUCCCUACGACGUUGAGUCUCUUCCAGAAAGCGAGGCUUCUGGUGCUACUGUCCAUGGCUCCGACCCUCUUGGAGGCUUCCGCGUCAGACGUGUACGGAACACUCCUACGGGAGGACCAACACUCCGCAUUACUGAUUCAGCGUCACGCGUACUCCUAGGCGAGGAGGACGAACCCAAGUUUACCGAGAGCGGAGACGCAAACGUCACUUUGAGAUACAAGGCAAGCUCCCCUGAUCUCCAUCAGUCCGCUGUUGUCAAAGAACAUUCUCGACGAUCCAGUGGGCUUUUGGCACGGCCUCUUUCAUUCGCCCGAAGCAUUACGGAGCGAUCGCAGACCCCUGGCAAGGAAUCACAAGAUGAAGAAACUCACAAGCUCAUCGACGAAGACCAUUUUGAUGGAGGUGCACUGCCCGCGGAACUGCCUGGCGGUGAUGUUGAGGAUGAAAAGCAGCCGUCUGUCGAGUCUCAGACUUCUCUUGAUGUUGUGGAGCCCACUACAGAAGACCUCCCUGCGGCGCGUGGCAGUUCCAGCCUCACCCAUGGUGACUGGCCCUGCAAAGAUUUCGCCGAUUUCAAGCUCUGUGACGAUGCUCCGCCAGUACUUCCGGACGAGAAGGAUUCUGCCCUCCCCACUGCUCCAGGGAGGAGUAAACCGUCGUCUACCCAGACUUCCAUCCGCUCAAGACCAUCCACCAUUGUCCUGCGUCAAGCACCCACCAAAGAAGUAUCACCAUUCCUCUUCCAGGAUCUCGAGCAGGAAAAGGCGAGCCAGGAGAGAUAUUUGCAAGACUUCAUGGACAAAACCAAAAGCCGAGAGAGUAGUGUGAUACCAAGCUCCAGUUUUCCUCCUCGGACUUCGUCACGAAAGCCCAAGCCACCACCGAUCAUAGUCUCUUCUCCGGAGCAAGGGCUGCCACCCAACUUCUUCUCGUCCCAAGCCGCGAGAGCAUAUGGAGGUGACCCAAGAGUGAAUCGAAACGUUAAGGAUGUUCGGGCAUUCUCUCAGAACAUGGAUCCAAAAUCCGAGUCUUCCAAGGCGAAGAAGGUAUCGCAAAAACUAUCUUAUAGUCCCUCUUCGAGCAGUAAGAAGGUCAUCUCGAACAUCCGAGGGCUGUUUCACAAGCGGUCGAUCGAAUCCACCACAAGCGUCAACGCGGCUGCUUCUGAAAAUAUGUUUAAUGGCCAACCUCGUCUCCAAGGUUCUAUGCGUCGCAAGCCAGUCCCGGAUCCCAAAUUGUCUAACCCCUUAUCGUCGAACAAUCAAGGACUGGCUGGACAAGGUAUGAAUAGCGUUCAUCACACCUCCAACUUAGGAAUGCAACCUGUCAUACGCAACCCGUUCAUCAGCCCUACCACUCCGUUCACCGCUACGGCCAGACCGUCCCCGGAUCCGAGAUCGCCAUCUCUAGCAAAGAUUGCAUCUCCGCCUUUACUGUCCCCCUCAUCCAGCUCGCCUGGCAGCUCGCCUUCUCUGUCUACAGCAACAGGUUUGACACACACCCUUUUGGACCUUGCCCGAGCGGAGGCCAGCCCUCGACGCAAGGCAUCUCUCAUUGAGCUCUCCAAAUGCAUGGUUGAAGUGGUCAAUGCGGCGCGAGAUGCCGAGAAAGCCAUGGAGAAGGCCAAGAUGGAGGCAGCACGAGCAGAGGUCUCUUGGCUCAAGGUGCAGAGAGAGGUCGGUACUAUUGAACGCGCUGUCAGUGGACUCUUGGGACGAAAUGGUGAAUUAAAGUCGGAGAAGAACUGA